AUGUCUUUUUUCGGAGUAGGAAAUCCUUUUGGCACGCCGGUUGGCCAGAAAAUAGAACAAGCUACCGAUGGAUCGCUCCCAUCUGAAAAUUGGGCGCUUAACAUGGAAAUAUGUGAUAUUGUGAACACUAGUGCUGAUGGACCAAAAGAUGCUAUUAAAGCUAUUAGAAAAAGACUGACACAGAGUGCUGGUAGGAACUAUACCGUGGUGAUGUACACUCUUACUGUAUUGGAAACAUGUGUGAAGAAUUGUGGAAAAUCCUUUCAUAUUUUGGUCUGCAACAAAGAAUUCAUUUCAGAUUUGGUAAAACUCAUUGGUCCAAAAACGAUCCUCCAACAGUUGUGCAGGAAAACUUUUGACUUCUUAUAUUUUCCUACAUUCUAUUUCAUAUUUUUUUAU